GGGAACCGCCUGCACAGCAUCCCGCCCGACAUCCAGGAGCUGCGCAGCUUAGAGUUUCUGUACCUUGGAGGGAAUUUCAUCACUUCAAUUCCACCUGAAUUAGCAAACCUGCCUUCUCUAAGCUAUCUUGUUUUGUGUGACAACAAGAUCCAGAGCAUUCCGCCUCAGCUGGCACAGCUGCAUUCCCUGCGUUCCCUCAGCCUGCACAACAACCUGCUGACUUACCUCCCUCGAGAGAUCCUCAACCUGGUUCACCUGGAGGAGCUGAGCCUGCGGGGGAACCCACUUGUGGUGCGCUUCGUGCGCGACCUCACCUACAACCCCCCAAGCCUCCAGGAGCUGGCUGGACGCACCAUCAAGACGCGCAAUGUGCCCUAUGCUCCCAGUGACCUCCCGGAGAACCUCGUCCGAUACCUGAGCUUGGCCAGCAACUGCCCCAAUCCCAAGUGUGGCGGUGUCUACUUUGACAGCUGUGUCAGACAAAUCAAGUUCGUUGACUUCUGUGGGAAGUACCGUCUCCCGCUGAUGCACUACCUGUGCUCCCCAGAGUGCUCCUCUCCCUGCAGCUCUGCCUCCCAGAGCUCCACUUCCCAGAGCGAGUCCGACUCCGAGGACGAAGCCAGCGUUGCCGCGCGCAGGAUGCAGAAGGUCCUCCUGGGAUAAAAGGCACCGAGAGGGAAAGACUGGAAGGAAAAUAUGAGAAAAGCAAUCAUGGAACUGCAAAGCAUGAGCCUCUGGCCUGAGGGCUCACAAGAAACUGUCACAAGUCCCCGUAAGGGUGUGUAAGAACAUCCUAGCGAGGCCAGACUUGCUUGUGCAAGGCUACUUAGGAGAACUAACUGGGUGCCAUAGUGCCUGCAAGGUGCCUGGGGUCGUCAGGAACCUCUGC